GUCACACCAUCCAAUCCAAGAACAUAAUCUUGAUACAAGAACCCUGUUACUUCAAUCAUGGUACGCAUGCUGGUUGUGAUUCAAAGAAGCUCUCAAAUCCAGUUCAUGUUCUUCUGUGUCCUUCUAACACUUUUGCUUCCCCAAGAUGCAGCUCAAGUGACUGAAGGAAGUGCUCUGUUGAAAUGGAAACAGAGCCUUGACAACCAAAGCCAAGCUCUCUUGUCAACUUGGACAGGUUCUGAUCCAUGCAAAUGGAAAGGAAUUCAAUGUGACAAAUCCAACUCCAUCUCCAACAUAAGUCUUGCAAAUUAUGGACUCAAAGUGCUACAUUGUAUACCUGGGAGCACAUUCUCAUGGUCCAACACCUUCCUCUGUUGAUCUUGAAACUGCCACAUCUUCUCAUUAUGAUUUACUGGGUUCAGUCUUGGGAAGCCAUGAGAAGGCCAAAGAAGCAAUUCUUUAUUCAUAUAAUAAACACAUCAAUGGAUUUGCAGCUUUACUUGAAGAGGAAGAAGCAGCACGGAUUGCAAAAAAUCCAAAAGUAGUAUCUGUGUUUGUGAGCAAGGAGCAUAAAUUGCACACUACCCGUUCAUGGGAGUUUCUUGGACUGCGAGGAAAUGGUGGGAAUUCAGCAUGGCAAAAGGGGAGAUUUGGAGAAAAUACAAUCAUAGCUAACAUCGAUACAGGUGUUUGGCCUGAAUCCCAGAGUUUUAGUGACAAAGGAAUUGGUUCUGUUCCUGCAAAAUGGCGUGGGGGUAACAUCUGUCAAAUUAACAAGCUCCGAGGUUCAAAGCAAGUUCCAUGUAACAGGAAGCUAAUUGGAGCAAGAUUCUUUAGCAAAGCUUUUGAGGCAUAUAAUGGCAAACUUCCCCCAACACAACAAACAGCACGUGACUUAGUAGGCCAUGGUACCCACACACUAUCAAUAGCUGGUGGAAAUUUCGUUCCUGGAGCACAAGUAUUUAGUAAUGGUAAUGGCACAGCAAAAGGUGGAUCACCAAGAGCACGAGUUGCAACCUACAAAGUGUGCUGGUCGCUAACUGAUCCAGCUAGUUGCUAUGGCGCGGAUGUGUUGGCGGCCAUAGACCAAGCCAUAAGCGAUGGUGUUGAUGUGAUUUCUGUAUCUGCUGGAGGAAGAUCUUUUAUCAGUGCUGAAGAAAUUUUCACUGAUGAAGUUUCCAUAGGAUCAUUUCAUGCACUUGCCAAAAAUAUAUUAGUAGUUGCUUCUGCAGGGAAUGAUGGACCUGCACUUGGAACUGUGUUGAAUGUGGCUCCAUGGGUGUUUACUGUUGCUGCUAGCACCAUUGAUAGAGAGUUCAGCAGUACUAUAACUUUGGGUAACAACCAACAAAUUACGGGAGCCAGUCUUUUUGUGAACUUGCCACCUAACCAAUUAUUUUCUUUGAUCCUUUCAACUGAUGCUAAACUUGCCAAUGCAACCAAUCGAGACGCUCAACUUUGUAGACCUGGAACACUUGACCCUGCAAAAGUAAAAGGCAAAGUAGUGGUAUGCACUCGAGGUGGAAAAAUAAAAUCAGUAGCUGAGGGCAGUGAAGCUCUAUCUUCUGGUGCAAAGGGAAUGGUUCUGAGUAAUCAAAAGCAAAAUGGAAACACACUUCUUUCUGAGCCUCAUGUUUUGUCAACCGUGAACACUGCAAAAGUUCCUGGAUCAAAAACAACACCUGGUGGCGCUGGCAUAACUGCUACGGACUCUACAAUAAAUUCAUCCACUACAUUAAAGUUGUCCCCAGCAAAAACAUUCCUUGGAAGAAAGCCAGCUCCAGUUAUGGCUUCAUUCUCAUCUAGAGGGCCAAAUAAAAUUCAACCAGCAAUACUAAAGCCUGAUGUAACUGCACCUGGUGUGAGCAUACUCGCUGCGUAUUCACCAUUUGCAAGUGCAUCUAACUUAUUAUCAGACACUCGUCGGGGGUUUCCAUUUAAUGUACUGCAAGGAACUUCCAUGUCUUGCCCUCAUGUUGCUGGUAUUGCUGGACUUAUUAAAACACUUCAUCCUAAUUGGAGUCCGGCCGCUAUCAAAUCAGCAAUCAUGACGACAGCAAGCACAAGAGAUAACACCAAUAAGCCGAUACGAGAUGCUUUCAACAAAAAAUUGGCAACCCCAUUUGCUUAUGGUUCAGGGCAUGUUCAACCUAACAGUGCAAUAGAUCCUGGGCUUGUUUAUGAUCUAAGCAUUGUUGAUUACUUGAACUUCUUAUGUGCUUCUGGAUAUGACCAACAACUCAUUUCAGCACUAAACUUCAACAAGACAUUUACUUGUUCAGGAUCUCACAGCAUAACAGACUUGAACUACCCUUCAAUCACAUUACCAAACAUCAGGUCAAAUGUGGUAAAUGUUACUCGCACAGUCACCAAUGUUGGGCCACCAAGCAAGUAUUUUGCAAAUGCACAAUUGCCAGGACAUAAAAUUGUUGUUGUUCCAAAUUCCUUGAGUUUCAAGAAAAUUGGUGAAAAGAAGACAUUCCAAGUUAUUGUGCAGGCAACGAGUGUGACUCAAAGGAGAAAAUACCUAUUUGGGAAAUUGCAAUGGACAAAUGGAAGACACAUAGUUAGGAGUCCCAUUACAGUUCGACACAUAUGAGAAAGCAUUGUGUUAUGAUAUUAUGAUAUGAGGACCACUAUGUUUGAGCAUUGGGAUUUCAUGUUAUCUAUGUGUGCGUGUUUAUUUUAUAUUAUCAUUUUCUUUGGUUGUUUGGGGAUCAUAGUGUGAUGUGUUUUUGCAAUAAAUGAUAUGUUAGAUGAGUGCAAUGAACAUGCUUAGUGCUUAAAUUUGAAGUGUACAGGGGUGGAAAAGUUAUGGGCCCUUUUUUAAGCUUGAUUUUUGUUCCUUCCCUGUAUUUUGGAUGAUGCUAAUUAAUAAAUUUCGUGUUUAUCCGGAA